AAAAAAACUGACUUGGUGAUAGAAUGAUUCACUUUCUUUGAGGAUACAUGUUUCUUUUAUUUUAAACGUGAUUAGCUAAUGUCUGUGUCAAGAACCUUUUAAUAUUACUAAUUUUUUUUUAUUUUUGGAGAUGUUUUAUUUCAAGUUACAUACAAAAUGUGUAUUGACUUGUUAUGGUGAAUUGGUAAGUGGUCGAAAGGAUCAAAGUAACAAUGAAUGAGAAGGUCAAGAGGUUAGAGAGAAGUAGAUGCGAGUCUAUUGAUGUUAUUUGGUUCAACAAAGAUGAUUCUAAUUACCUCCACAGUGCGUACGCCACUGACGUCCUAGAAAACGACGCCUUGCAAAAGUCGCACAGUCCACAGACUGAAACUUGCAAGGCUACUUCCACGACCCUGACAGAUUUGCAAAGAGAAAUCGGCUACUUUCCCGCUCGGGCUGAGAAUAACCUUGAUACAUCUCGGUCUGACUCCUCAGAUUGGGACUCAGAAUCUGUGUCUGAAGUUAUCAAACGUAACUCUGCGGCAACAUCCGAAGACAACAGAGCUUGUAGUACUGAUUGGAAUAACCCCCAUGUUGGAUCUACACUUGGAGGCAUAAUUAUAAAACUCGUCAAAUCGGGUUCGAAGAACAACAACAAAAACUCUCAGAAGUUUGUUACUGGUUGUGAUACAAACAACGGAAACAAUUCCACUCUAGAAAGUGGUCUGAAAAUUUUUGAUGAGGUGACCACGGGAAAAGCCAUCUUCAUCGAGGACAACGUAGUGAUUGAUUCCUUUCAAUCCCUCAAUCACGUCCAGGACAUAUGCACGCUCUCGGCACGAGUUCACAAUCAGAUCCAGGAUGGUCAGCAUUUUGAGGGGUCAGUAAUUGCUCCAUUGUGCCAUUGCGGACUUUUACUUGAUUCGGAAGAACUCAUUUCAUCCGAAUUCGAACAAAUGGAUCGCGGGAAAAAUCAGACCAGCAUCGCUUACGAAAGACGUUUAGCGGAGCGGACAUCUUCGCGAAUAACGAAACCGGAAGCAGUUAAGAAGCAAGUCGGAUUCAAAAUCGAUCCUGAUAAAAAAUCAGGGCUCAUGAAACGAGCGUCCCCGAAGCCUAACGAGGAGGAAGUCGCAAAGAAAACGAUGACGGCUAAAGAGGUCCAUGUACAGGAGCAUGUCUUUCACACUCAUAAUUCCGGACUGGCCUAUUCCGCCCAAACAAGUACGGUCAAGAAAAGUUCCAGCGGAACCAUGGGUGAAUCGAGCAGAAGGAGGUUAGACAUGCGGUCGGUGAGCCUUGCAGAUCACGAAACUGAGCUGAGAAAAAGUCAAACGGAAGUGGAUGAGCUAAAAACAGAGCUGGCCAAGCUGUCGCAAGAGAUCGAUGCGAGGAACGAGGAGAUAGCGAGCCUCAAAGCCUCGCUGCAAACAGCAGAGGAAAAGGAUAGACAGAUGGAAGAGCUGGAUGGGAAGCUUCGAGACACGGAGCGACAGAUGGAGGAAGAGAGUAACAGGAGAGCGGCCUUGCAAGAUGAGCUGGCUAGGAUGGACGAGAGAUUCACGGCGCUCAAAGUUGAGUUUGCCGAGAAAGAAGAGAAAUUCGAGACUUAUCUGAUGAACAUGUACAAGAAAGGUUUGGAGGCGGCCAGGUUUGAACGUGAGGAAGAGCUUCUGAUGUUGGCUAAAAACAACAAGUCGAACGUCACUGUCCGGGAGCUGACCCGGAAGCUGUCACGCACUGAGUCUGAGCUGGCCAAGUGGCAAGGCCUCAGACUUGGUGAGUCCUACUUUAACUCGGAUCUACCUCGCAACGAGAGCGACGCCACGCUCAGCUUCGUCAGGGACUCUUUCCUGCACUUCAUGAGCGACUCGGCUGACGUACACGAGCACCUCAAGGCGCUGCUGAAGAUCUUCAAAUAUUCAGACGAGCAGCUCGGAAAAGUCUGGAAAGGACUCGAAGACUUCAAGAACAUCGACAGAAAGAAAAUUAUGGACAAAAUUGAAGUUGCAAAUGGGACAGCUAUUGGGAAAAACGGUCAUAACUAGCCCCAGGGUAGAUCUAUUGACGUCUUGGUAACUGGUACGCGUUUAUACUAGACGAGUCAUCAUAUUCCUUUUUUAUUCUCCAGUUUUACAAAAUACAAGUGUUCAUAACUCCUUUUUAUGCGUUUUCUAAAUUAUAAAAACACAAUCACUUCAAGAACAAUUUUGUCACUAGAGAACCCAGGAUAUCUCUUGUUCAUAAUAUAUUCUAUACAAGGUUUACCUUCGAGUAUUCAGAAAAAAAUAUUUCUAUUUUCAUUAUUCGACAAUGAUAUAUAUAUAUAAUGGGAAUGGAAGAAAAAAGGAUUAGAUGAUUCUAUUUAGCCAGAUAGACAGACUGAGUUGAUAAAAAGCCUUGUAAAAAAUGCAAUAUACUAAGAUAAAUGAGAAAGAGGGAGAGAGAAAAAAAGAGAGAGGGAGAGAGAAUAAAAGAGAUAGAAAGAGAGAAAAAUAAGGAGAGAGAAUGAGGCUGAGGAGUACAUGGACUCAAAAAAAAAAGUAAUAUACAUAUAGGGACGCUCUAAUGAAAAACACGCAUAUUGAUCUUUAAACGUAUGUUAGUGUUCUCUUUACAAGUGUUUAGCUAU